AUGUCCAUUUCUUCGCAGGUCGCCGCCCGCUGCUGCAGGCAGAUCGUCCGCCCAUCCGCCGCUUCGUUGCGCCUCUCUUCCUCGACAUAUCUGUCUCAGCGGACACGGAGAUGGCAGUCCACCGAGGCGGAGGCUGCUGCCCCUGUCAACCCUAAGAUUAGCCAGAUUGUUGACCAGAUCAGCACAUUGACGCUUCUGGAGACCGCCGACCUCGUGGCCACCCUCAAGUCCCGCCUCAACAUCCCCGACCUCCCCGUUGGCGGUUUCGCCAUGGCCGGCGGUGCUGCUCCCGCCGCCGCUCCCGCUGAGGAGGAAGAGGCUGCUCCCGCCGCCCAGGAGAAGACCCUCUUCAACCUGAAACUCGAGUCCAUCGACGCCGCCUCCAAGGCCAAGGUCAUCAAGGAGAUCAAGUCUCUCCUCGGCCUGUCCCUGGUUGACAGCAAGAAGUUCGUCGAAUCCGUGCCCAAGGUCCUGAAGGAGUCCGUGCCCAAGGAGGACGCCGAAAAGAUCAUCGAGACGCUCAAGGCCGUCGGUGCCAAGGCCAUCAUGGACACCCCCCAACCCUCCGCCGCGCGCUCCCCCUCCGUGCGCCGCGCCGAAGCAGCCCAGAAACGGCCGCAACAGCCACGAGCAACAAACACCUACACCGAAGACGGGCUCCUCAAGACCCCAGCACAGGGCGACCUGGCGCAGCGGCUCCGGUUCCUCGAUUCCGCGUCGAAGACCCUGCACCAGGAAGCACGGCGAUAUGGCGGCGUCACGGUCGACCAUGCUACGUUCGUGCGCAUCGCGAGGGAGCUGUUUAAUACGGCGUAUAUGCAUCCGCCGGCGGGGCAGCUUGUGUUACGGAUUUCGGAUGAUGUAGACGAGGUCUUUAGGAUAGGCUACCACAUCGGAACAAGCGACAUGGGAUUCAAGGAAUGGGUGCUGGCGGCGUGCAGUCUGGCCGGGGCGCGCGUGCCCGUGCUAUACCAGACGGCGCGGUAUCUCACCAUCACGGAACGACGGGGCACGGAGGUGCGGCAGACGGCUGUUAUUGACAGGCUGGAGGAACUCGGCCGCACGAGCAACGAUCCCCGCGCGCUGCAGCUGCUGGCGCAGGUGCAGGGCCGUCGGGGGAAGUAUACCCAGGCGCUGGAGCUGAUGGAGGCGGUGCUGGCGCGGAUUCAGCCGGCCAAGAGCGCGCCGCGCGGGGCGGAGCAGUCGUACUUGAUCUCGGAGGUUAUGGAGACGCCGUGGCGGGUGUAUGCGUGGUUAAAGGAGCGGACGGGGGAUGCGAUGGGGGCGGAUGAGGUGAUGCGGAGCGCGGCGCUGGAGUUUGAGGAUCCGCGGGCGUUGCAGGAUCAUGCGAGUUUGUUGAUGCGCGAGAUGGAUCUGGAGGGGUAUGAGGAGGGGAUGAGCAAGGCGGCGAGCUCGGGGGAUGCGAUGGCUUGUCUGAAGCUGGCGAAUUUCUACUAUCUCACGUCGAAGGGGUGGUUUCCUCGGCGGGGGGUGAAGGUGUCGGAGGGGGAGAACGCGAAGGCGAUACCGAGAGCGUCGAGGACGGUUGAUCCGGCCAAGCCGGUGGAGGAGAAGAAGCCCGGCGCGCUGGGUAGGUUCUUCUGGUUCCUUUCUGCGGACGUCAAGUCGCAUGUUGAGUAUCGGAAGUUGGCGAUGGAUUGGUACGAGCUGGCGGUGAAGCAUGGGAACUCGAGGGCCGCGUUGCUGCUCGCUAUCAUUGAGCGUGAGGAUGGGAAUUAUGAAGCGGCGUGGGAGCUCUUCUGGUCCUCGCGGACUGCAGAUGCGAAGGAGUUUAUGCCGACGUCUCAGGAUGAGCUUCUGAAGGUCUGGCGGGAUGAGACGUUCCGGCCCGAGGUGCCGCUUCAGCUGCUCGAUCUUUGA